CGUACCCUUCAGUCGUAGCGCAGCUCUCGUGGCGAGCACUCGCGUCCUCUCGGUGAUUUCAAUUCUCGUCGAGACGUGUCUUUUGAAAACCGCGCGACACCAUCGUCCUCUAUUAACAAUUUAAUUUGAUAAAUAGAGCUCGAAAGGAAUUGGACUUUUUAAUUAAAUUCUUUCAACCGGACAAUCCACGCGAAGUGCACAUUAGAAACGAGAAGUGAUUGUUGAAUGUGUUGUUGAUUAUUAGACAAUCUUUCUUUUGGGACAGUUUUCUGGUAAAGUGAAGAGUGCAAUCGGAUGCCAGUCAAUGCCACUUGUUCGCCAAGCGUAAACAUGAUUCCCGCGCAUUGACGUACGCAACGGACCGCGCGAGUGUGGACUGCACUCAGCUGUGAAUUGGUUAAAGUGACACUGAAGAGGCAUGCUGAAGCACGUGUCGGUCUCGCCGUGGAGAGGGCGAGCGGACAGCGUGAGUCUCGCUUCUAGCGGGGGUGCGAGUAGCUGCGGAAGCGGAAGUCCUACCCCUGGUCACACACCACCGCCCUCGAGAGCAUCCUCCUGUGCCUCCCUUGCACCUUUAACUGCCCUUUCGAGCUUCUCCCCAGCCGAUGCCGCUCCACAACAGACAACCAUAAAGGUGUACGCGAAUUGCUUACGGCCGGACAUCGAGUACAAGACCCUGAGCAUCACCUAUGAGACAACUUGUCGCGAGGUGGUGCAGAAUCUAUUGAACAAGUAUCGUAUGAAGCAUCGCGACCCUAGGCUGUUCUAUCUGACCAUGGAGGUGACUGUGAGAAGACCAAACGUAAGGACUGUCCUGCCUUUGGACGAGGAUGCCAGGCCUGCUGUUUUGCAAUCGUGUCAUCCUCGCGGUGAUUCCAGAUUCUCCUUGCAGACACGUCGUGGAGGGCUUGUCAAAAUAUACGACAGCGCACUCAUGUCCGGAUCGAAAUACAAGAGCCUAUUGGUCUCGGAACAGACCACCGUAGACGAGCUGAUUCAGAUGCUGUUGAGCUGCUACAGCUCGAAGGAACGUGUCGAGCAGUUUUCUCUCUACGAGGUCUGCGAAGGCGAAGAGUACCAAAGAAAAUUGCAUCCUGACGAUUCGCCCCUGAAGGUCACGCAACGAUGGACAAGCGCUGAUCGCCAUCUUCGCAUAAGGCGCAAUCCCGAUUACAAUCCGCACAGGAGAAAAAGUAUGUGGGCGUCGGACUCGAGCAUCAGCAUGGCGAUGUCAAGACUGAACCUGCACGCCGGCCAUCAAGCCCACUACAACCAUCAGCCCAACGACAACAACAAUCAUCUGCCUUUGUACAAGGAUCCUACCUCGAUCAACAACAAUAAUAUUCACAAGUUGGAUCAGCAUCAUCUGUCGUUGAGCUGUUUGAACCAACAACCGAGGAUCGUGGUGCCCCAUACAACGCAGCUGCCCCAGUUACAAGUUCCAAGGGUGCAACAACUGCCCCAAAGUGUCCCAUCGACCCCGAUCUCAUCGAAGCAUAUCACCGCAACCUCGUACGCGGACUACGAGAAUUAUUUGUUCAUAUAAACUUAUAUAAACGAUUUGCGUUACAGAUGGCUGCCGUUUGGAUGGCGGAAGUUUGCACGAACAGAUUCUUCAGUGUUUUGAUCGAUUGCUUCGCGAGUUGUUUUGGAUGGGAUUGAGGUGAUUGAUCGCAGCGUUGAACUCACUUGUCAGUAUUUGUUUGAACACUGAGAGAUUCAUUCUCGUAGAGGGUUUGAAGAAGUUUGAUGAAAUUAUACUGGAGUGUGUGUCCAUAUGACGUUUUGGAGGGAUGUUGAUGUGUUUCCGAUAGAUUUGAGAGGAUAGGGGUAGAAGGGCACAGGUUCGUGUCUUCGCUUUCUUACGUUGAUAACGCAGAACAAAGAGAAUUAAUGAUUAUAGUCAGUAGGGAGAAGAAUUGUACCAAAGGUAGACGUACGAAGCGCUAGUUAUAUAGUGUAUUCAAUCGUAUAUGUGUAAAUGUUUUUUGUUUAAAUAUUCUAGAGACUAAUUUUCAUCUAUAUAAAUGUAGGUGUGAAUUGGGUUCACAGAUUUAAUUCCUUCGAGACUUAUUUGAACAUUGUUCGAUUUUCGAUUUUGAUAUGCAACGAAGAGUAUCAAUAAAAAAUAUUUAUACAUUUCUAAUAGGGAAUAAACGUCGCUCGAAAUAAUCUCGUAGGUUUAAAAUCGUGUAUUUAUAUCCUUCGAAUUGCAUUUAUCACGAGAACGUCGCUAAUUAUGGACUCUAUUAUUUAUUUAUAAUAACUGUAAGGUGUCUAUGAGCGCGAGGCUGGAAUUUUAACUUAUUAUCCGAAUCCUGGACUGUAUAUUUUAUCGUGCAAUCCGAUUAAGCGGGGUUCAAGUAUAUUUGUUGUAAAUAGGAUCAGUCGAAUAAUUUUAACAAUUGUCGCUAUGAACAAUUGUGAUUCUGCUAUCUACUUUAUCCUGUAUGCAUGUCGUUCCUUUCGAUAGCACAAGGUUAAUCAGUUUAACUGCUUUAAUUUUAACGAAACUGGCAUUUAAAGACAAACACGUACUAUCAACGUUAUAGCUUUUUGUAAAUAGACGAAUGAUUAUUUUCUUCUCUAUCAUCAUUCAAGUUUUCAUUGCCAAAGAAUCGCUAUAUGAAAUCUCGUCGAGUUGAACCGUGCUGCAAAAACGUACACAUUAUUUUUCUAUUUUUAAUUAUGCAAAGCUUAAUCUUUAAGAAGGUUGAUUAUGCGAAAGUUAACAACUGCAACAGUACAAUGAAUCUUGUAUUAUCUCGAACGAUACAAUUAUCGUAGAGUGUAAAUAAUCUCUAUUGUAACGUCGUUUUAUAAUUCACUGAAGAUAAAAUGGAUCGUUUCACGUGUA